GACAAAAUCCAAAGUCAUGAAUUUAAAGCUAACUUAAAUUUAUAUUUCUUAUCACAAUUCAGAAUUAAAAUUACUGACAACACGAAUGCAAUUUUUGAUUUUAGAACUAUACAAAAAAAGUUUGUUGAACUAUUAAGAUAUGUAUAGAUCGAAAUUGCAGCGCCGAAACACCUGCGUUGCAUUUAAAUAUCAAUAGCAAAUGUGACGUUUUAGAGUCAAUUUUUAUCUAUUUUUAUCAGUUACUCUGAAAGUCUGCUGUGUCGACGAAUUAUUUGGCGUAAAGAUAUGCUGUAAGCCAGAAUUUAUCUCAUCAGUACAAACGAAUCAAAGUUCUCAAGCAAAGUUAUGCAAAAAUUAUUGUUUGUGGUUCUGCUCAAGAGUGUGUUCACAAAUGGCGUUUCUGCAAAUGAAGAUUCCCCCGAGCCCGUGUUGUUUCUACCUCUCAAUAAACAAUACGGCACACGAGACAUCAGUAAGAGCAAUCUACCUACGACGGCUGUUGGUGUUAGCUUGUCUACUGGGCCAGAUGGUAAGCCAGGCGGGUCAUACCACUUUCCAGGAAGGUCGUCCAGUUAUAUUGACGUACCAAAAGACCCGGCGAUUGACACAAGGUAUUCCAUGACAGUUAGCGCGUGGUUAAUUCACACAGAUGGAGUUAAUGGUCCAGUCUUACAUUACGACACUCUACAGUCAUCCCAUUCUUGGGGAUUUCACAUAUACAUUACAGCUGGUAAAAAUAUUUUCUGUCGUCCAUCGCCAAGAGAUCACUCUGCCCUCCCUAUUGGUGUAUCGUACGAUCUGUCGCCAACAAACAGAUGGAGGUACUUUGCCUACACAUAUAACUACAACACCGGGAUCCAAAAGCUAUUUAUUGAUGGAGUAGAAGUUAGAAAAGUAAACAUUUCAAGCUUGGAGUUUGCUACUCAGUACAAGAUCAAACUAGGAGGACAGAAAAUGGGAGACGAUAGAUUCUUUAAAGGACGAAUUUCGUGUCUUCAAAUAUACAACAAAGCCUUAAGUGAAGACCAAAUCUUGAAAGCUAAAACAUUCUGCGAUAGAAAUGAAUUCCCCGAGCCCGUGCUCUUUCUACCCCUCAAUGAACAAUACGGUACACGAGACAUCAGUAAGAGCAAUCUACCAACGACGGCUGUUGGUGUUACCCUGUCUCCUGGACCAGAUGGCGAACCAAACGGGUCGUACUACUUUCAAGGAAGCUCGUCCAGUUACAUUGAAGUACCUCAAGACUCAAAMACUGACACCAGGUAUUCGAUGACGAUCAUUCUAUGGAUCUACGUUCAGGGGGGAAAUGGUCCAAUCGUGCAUUAUGAUACAUUAAGUACACAAUGGGCAUUUCGCCUUUACUCUUUAACAGGCGGAAAUGUUUUUGUUCGACAUAUAAACAGAAAUGGUUCACCUAGUCCUCCUUCUAUGAGGACAAAAAGUUUAAAACUAAACAGUUGGUGGUACGUUGCUCAUGCAUAUGACUAUAACACAGGUAUACAAAAGCUAUACGUGAACGGUGUAGAGAUCGAGAAUCAAGAUGUUGGCAAGAUAGAACUGAAAACACAGCACAAGAUCAAAAUAGGAGGCCACAAAUACGGACAAAGCAGUUUUUUUAAUGGAAGGAUUUCUUGUCUUCAAAUGUACAGCAAGGCCUUGAGUGAAGAUCAAAUAUUGACAGUACAACAAUUCUGUGAUAAAUCUGAUUUACCCGAGCCCGUGUUAUUUCUACCUCUCAACAAACAAUACGGUACGCGAGACAUCAGUAAGAGUAAUCUACCUACGACGGCUGUUGGUCUUACCUUGUCUCCUGGACCAGAUGGCAAACCAAACGGGUCAUACUACUUUCCAGGAAGCGAUAACAGUUAUAUUGAUGUACCGAAAGACUCAAAAACUGAUACCAGAUACACCAUGUCUUUUUUCACAUGGAUCUAUAACGAAGGGAGGUACGGCCCUGUCUUGAAUUACGAAACCGGAGGAUCGGCCUGGGGGCUCCAUAUCUAUACUCAAGUAUCUGACCCUCAAUCUAAGUUCUACGUCAGCUUUGUUACUCGCGACAAUUUGAACGAUAAUGGAAUCAUAAGGUUAGAAAAGCCGAUGGCUACAAACGCCUGGCAGUACGUUGGCUUUACCUAUGAUUUCGUCGCGGGCAUAGCACGGAUGUAUAUCGAUGGUAUAAUAGUUCAAAGUUCUGCAGCACCUAAAUUCGAGCUUAAUACUAAAUUUAAGAUAAGAGUCGGUGGCGUCAAGUAUGGGCAUGUAUCAACAUAUGCAUUCAAAGGACGUCUAUCUUGUGUUCAAAUUUACGACAAGGCAUUGACACAUGCACAAGUACUAGCCAGUCAGCGGCACUGUGCGAGAAAUACUCAGGAGUCAGAGAUUUGCAGUGCUUGUGUUGAUUAUAAAUCCAUCGACGACCCCACAAGAUUACCAAACGCAAAAAGUGCCAAGCCUUCUGACCGAGUAUCUCUCAGCCGUCGUACUCACUGGUAUCGACUGACGGGAAAAAGAAUAAGUACAUCUUGUCCCAAAUCAGGUUCUUGUGGAACCCAGACUCCUGGAUGGCUAAACGGUACAUAUCCGACGCUGGAAGAUGGGAUCAAAAAGAUGGAGUUAUGUUACCGUACUGCAGGCUCAAACUGCUGCGCGUCGAAAGUCAACGUACUCGUAAGACAGUGCUAUGGUUAUUAUGUAUUCAAGUUUGAGGAUUUUCCAGAUGACGGUCGUUUCUGUACCGAAGAAGAUACAAACACGUUUGAUGAUAUCAUGUUCUUGUCCACCUAUGAACGAUGCCUGACAGGUCACGUGUUUCAUAAUGAGACGGAUGUCACAGAUGUUUCAAGAUGCAUUGGUUAUUGCCUGAGUGCUGGAGAAAACUGCAAGUCUGUGAAUUUCAUCAAUGAAGAGAGUGGAAAAUGCCAGCUUAAUAAUGCAGUUAAAGGAGAAGGCGUUCUUCAUGUUGACUCAAAAUGCGAUUAUUAUGAGAAAGUUUAAUUCCAUCUAGAUGUCUUAAAUUCUUUAAACGUUUCAUUUUUUGACAACAACAGAUUAUCGAAAACUAGAUAUGAUUAUUCCUAAUGACAUCAAUUUAUUAUCAACAAUAUGAUGCUAUUAGAACUGGAAAUGAAUUCGAAAAUUUGACACUGCAUGCAUGAGCAAAUGAUGUCUUUAACAUAAAAUAAAGAUCGCAGGUCGUUCUCCCUUCUGACGCAGCAGAAUCUUGGAUUCUUAGCAUAGUUACACAUUCUCACCGCAUACUCAUUACCUCGCCAUAAAUGAGUUAAAGGAGAAAUUGCGACUGCGAGGCAAAGAGCAUGAAAGGAGAUGGUAGCCGACCCCCAGCGACGGUAGAUAUUAUUUCCGUCACCAGGGGAGGUGGGAGGGUCUCCAACGUUCUUCGUCUUGACCGGGAACGUGUUAGAAUGACCGUGCAAGGCGUGGAUGCCGAAUUUGUAUCCUCGUAUCGCAAUGCAUGCUAUCCCAGGUGAAUACACGAGAAAUGCAUAGUUUUUAUGACAAGCUAAUGAAUUAUGCAGAGAAAAUUUUGCAUGUAAUGAUAAACUUGACUUUUUUGUACUGAUUAACAAUGGUUUCAAUAAUUAUGAAUUGUUCUGGAGUAACUCAUUAUUAUUGUGUUGCCAUCUAACAAAACUCCAAAAACAAUAGACAUAUAUUUUGCAUGUGCCUUGAUCAGUAUUUAAAGUAACUCGCUGUUUCUGUAAUUCACACUGAGCAUAGUUAAUAGAGAGGACACCAGUCCUCUCUAUUAAUUAUGACACUGAGUGAUGUCACACCAUGAGUCACACCAUGUCUGCAAAAAAAAACCUAAAACGCGUUGUACUGGUUAAUAGACAUACUGUACCAAUAUCUUACACUUCUAAUUGAUCCUCAGUGCAAUAAAUGUAG